UCAAAGGUAGAGAUGACAGGAUUUGUCAACAUACUUGAUGACAGCAGUAAGAAAAGGAGGAAUCAAGGAUGAUGCCAAGGUUUUGGGUUGGGUAAUCCAAAGAAUCAGAUGGGGAUGACCGAGGAAGCAGCAGGUUUGAGGAGGAGAAAAUCAGCUACCCAGUUUGGGACGAAUUGGGCUUAGAUGCCUGUUAGACAUCGGGGAGCAGGCAGUUGGACAUAAAUAAGCUUGAGGUUCAAGGGAAAAUGUCAAGCUGGAGAUAGAAAUUUGGAGGUCUUCAGCAUUUGGAUGGUAUUUACAGAUUUGGGAUUAAUGAGACCACUUGAGCACUGAGUGUAAACAGAGAAGAGAUGGGGCUUCGUGAGCAUCCCAACAGCUGGAGGUCAGAAGAAUGAGGAGGAACAGGAAAAGGACACCAAGAGUGAGUAACUAGUGAGGCAGGAGAGAUGCCAAACAAAACUGUUUCGAAACCAAGUGAAGAACAUGUGUCAAGAAGGAGGGAGUGCCCGACUGUGCCAACCCUGGCCUGUUGGGUUUUGUAAGAUGGAGCCUGAGAACUAACCUCAGACGUGGCAAUGGUGGCCUUGACAAGGGAAGCUUCAGCGAUUGGUUGGGAAGCCUGAAAAGGGGGCUUCAUGAGAGAAUGGGACAAGGGGAAGUAGAGAGUGAGCACUGACCACAGUUUGAGGUCUUUUGUGGAAAGGAGGGGUAGAGAAAUGAGCUGACACCUGGAGAGGAAUGUGCAUCAGGGGUGGAUUUUUAAAACUAUAGUAAUGAUCCAGGAGCUAGGGGAAAGAAUCUUUUCCGUUUUAAGUUAGGUUUUCUUAGCUUUAGUGUUCUUAAAAUAGGAGUGCUUGGGAAGAGUAUUUUCCUAACGAGUGGAAGUAGUAACAAGAAAAUUCUCUUGUCCCACAUCUCAAGGGAAGGGGGAGGAUGGGAAGGAAAAGAGAGGAUGGAGUCACCCUGGUUUGAAAGGAGUAUUAGUCAAGGAAGGGACAGAACUUCUGUCACUACUCACAUCACCACUCCCGCUCACACGUGUUUAUCAGUCUCAGAAUCUGUGCUGCCACACAAGUCCUCUGUCCCAGUUCAGGAGAUCCUCUCCCACCGUGUCCCUGCCCCACCAAACCUGCUCUACAUUCUCCAGUCCCAAUCCUGGUCACUCAGGACUCCCUGAUCCAUGCACACAGACGCCCCAAGUUAAAGUUCACCCAGUAGCGCUUCUUCGGUCUUUCUCAGAGAACCAAACCAGUGAAAUUGAAAGAGCACUACUUUGAAAUCAGCUGACCUGGAAUCAAAUCCUGAUGUCUUCGGGGGAAAUUAUUCAAACCCUCUCAGUCUCAGUUUACUCAUCUGUAAAAUAAGGAUAUUAAUGCCUACCUUCUAUAGGUUUUUGUGAGGAUUAAAUUAAACGCAUGCUCAUAUAUGCACGUGCCUAGCCCUGUAUACACUGACAGCAGGAGCUCAAUAAUUGAGCUAGCUCUCUAGUCUAAGGGCUGUUUCCCAAGUGAAGGUUUUACAUUCAACUAGAAGCUUCUUGGGAAGGAGAACAAUGUCCUUUAUUGUCUUCUUAUCUCUCACAUCACCCAGUACAGCGCCCUUUUACUCAGGAAUGACUAAAUGAAGAUCUCAACCACAUUAAAUAUGUUUCCUUUCAUUUUUACUUUUCACCAGACUUCUCUCCUCUUAGGCUCCCGUGUUUCUAUCUUCGUUUGUCCUUUACCCAAAAUUCCUGCCUUUGGAUUGCCAAAUACUUGAAUCCUUAAAGACAUCGCAUCAAUAAAACACUAAUUCAAAAUGAGCCAUUUAUUUUCCAUACUAAGGCAUAGCUCUCAACACAGGCCAAGAACACAACUGGGACCUGCUGCACAGCCAAAAUCUCCAUUCCUGCUCUACCCUGCACUGUUGCACUGGUAAGUUCCUUUGCUCUGAGCAGGCUCUACCUCACAAAAUUUGUGGCGUGGGCAAAAUCAGCCUCACAGGACCAUUUCCCCCAUUUCACUCCCUGCCCAGUUCUCAGGUGGCAAUAAACCCACUCCCAGAGCUUUUCCAGGCUGAUUUCCCCAGUCACCAAUCAGUACACUAAUCAGUAACACUAACUAAGAAAGAACUAACAGUUCCUUCUUUCUCCCCUCCCUCUUUAUGAUUUACAUUCUCACAGGACCCAAAUCCCAACACACUAUGUCUUGUGCAGCAGUGGAACAUAAUUUAUAUUAUAUCUAAUGAAGCUUCAGCUGAGCUCGCACUGAACUGUUAUGAACUCCAACUUAGUGCGGUCCAUAUGUUGCCCUGCUGCUGGCUAUGUUACUUUGGGCAACGUUACACCUGUAGUUUCUCUUUGUUAUCUGCAGGGGUAACUCUUACCCCCCAGAGACAAGUGUCUUCCUGGGUAAGCCCAGACAGAAGGGCUGGCUGAGCUGUCCCAGUCAGCAGACUCUUCUGUCCAGGCUUGCUCUGACCUACUCCAUGCCACAGCAUCAUCCCCAGAACCAAGGUAGCCCGAAGUUGGUGACAAGUGGCAGCCAGAGCACCCUGAGCCCUGGCUCUAUGUGGGUGGAGGACCAAGGGGAGAUAAAAUAUUGAAGGAGAAGGAGGUUUGUGGGGAAAGAGUAUACUUACAAAUACUACCCUCUGGUUCUACAUGUGUGCCAUUGUAGUUCCAGAAUUCUGUAUAGAAAGGGCCUUCAGGUUGCAAUCUUACUGGGAGUAGGAGAAAACUACAUUUCUAUAGGUCUUUACUUAACACUGAAACAACAUCAGUUGCUCAAAGAAUGAGAGUAUGAUGGAAAUUUGGGGGGUUAAGACACCCUAAGAAACCCACUCAUUGUUGCCACCACUGAGUACCCAGCCAUAUGUCACAAGGAUUCUCCUUGGAAGGAUGGCACAUGGGGUUUUGUGGGGUUCUGGAUCAGCAGAAUUUUGGUGGUGAAAUAACUAAAACCUUGACUUUGGGGUCUGUUGGGGCCACAGGACCCCCUGGUUGAAGCUUUUCCUUUGGUAGGUAGAGAGCCUUCCUUUGGGUUUGUACCAAAGGAAAACAGAGAUGUGGCCGGAUGUGAUUUGAGGGAUUGUAUGAGGGAAGGAGGGAGGCACAGGCACCUCCACCCUCUCUAUAGCCUGUGCUUGGUCUGGAUCUUCCAGCAGAACCAGUCCACCAUGGAGAGAGGAAACCACACAAGCGCCUCUGAGUUCAUCCUCCUAGGGCUCUCCAGCCAGAACGAGGAACAGGAGCUGAUCUUUGGGCUCUUCCUUGUCAUAUACCUGGUUGGGGCAGCAGGGAACUUGUUCAUCAUCCUGGCCAUUGGCUCAGACUCCCACCUCCACACGCCCAUGUACUUCUUCCUCAGCAACCUCUCCCUAGUGGAUUUCUGCUUCAUCUCCACCACAGUCCCCAAGAUGCUUGUGAAUAUCCAGACACAGACUCAGUCCAUUUGCUACAGCGGCUGCCUAGCCCAGAUCUACUUCUGCAUUUUGCUUGCCAACAUGGACAACUUCCUCCUGACAGCAAUGGCUUAUGACCGCUACGCGGCCAUCUGCCACCCCCUGCACUACUCCACCACGAUGAGUCUGCAAACCUCUGCCCUGAUGCUGGGGAGCUCCUGGCUCAUUGCCAACUUCCACUCCCUGCUACACACCCUCCUCAUGGCUCGGCUGGAGUUCUGUGCCAGCAAUGUCAUCCCUUACUUCUUUUGUGACCUUGUUCCCCUGCUUCAGCUCUCCUGUUCCGACACCCACCUCAACCAGCUCAUGAUUCUGCUGGUGGGGGGCUUGAUCGUCCUCAUCCCCUUCUUCGGCAUUCUAGUCUCCUACAGCUACAUUGUGUCUGCUGUGCUCAAGGUCCCAUCUGCCCGUGGCAAACAAAAGGCCUUUUCCACCUGUGGUUCCCACCUCACUGUAGUCAUCCUUUUCUAUGGGACCAUCACAGGAGUCUACCUGAGUCCUUCAUCCUCCCACUCAGCUGAUAAGGAUUCGCUGGCUUCAGUGAUGUAUAUGGUGGUCACCCCCAUGCUGAAUCCCUUCAUCUACUGCCUGAGGAACAAGGACAUGAAGAGAGCUCUAUGGAAACUGUUCAGCGUGAAGGUUUUAUCCCGUGGGUUGUGACAGCACAGUUUCCUUCAGGGUCUUUAUGCUGGGAAGAGGAUGAACCCCAGGGACAGGCUCCACAGAGAGGGCAGGAGGAACACAGACCUCACUCACGUGGGUUGUCACCAUAGCCAGGAAAUCUUCUCAUUGCUCCACAAGUAAUUUGCAAGUCUGAAAUUUCUUGGCCCCUGUAGACUAUCCAGACUACUGAGAGGGGAAUAAACUCUCCCCUAAAGAUAGAACCACAUAAACAGAUGCAAAUGAGCUUUACCUGCAGAUCUUCUGGAGAGGGUUGAAAAGGCUGUGCGUUCCAUGUGAAAAAGGUGAAUUCACAAGAGUCUGUGACCUGUGCUGAUAGCCUAUGCCACAAGGAUGUCCUCUGAGAGCCCUCACUCACUCCCACAGUUCCUCAAAUCCUUACCCCUCAUGCAUCCCAAUUUCCAAACUCUUCUGCACCCCCACUUCCUCAACCAUCAUCCCCAUGUUCUGGAUUAAACCUAGCUCUGAGGACAGGUUGAGAGUCCUCCUUGAAGCUGUCCCACUCUUGGCCUUGGAUCCUGCUGGGUGGAGUCCCACAGCUCUAGCUACUUGUAUCAGAAUGCCUGUAGUGACUGUCUCAGCUGAGCACCUAAGCAGACCCCACACUGUCCUGCUUAUAUGGGUUUUUUUUUUCCUUAGGAAAGAGAUGAUAAACAGAGAAGAGAGGCUAGACUUAGAGUUGGUUCUCUAGGUAUAAAGAACAUAAAGGGAAUGGGCCAUCAUAAUCCUUAUGAAUGUGCUUCUCUACAAGUUGACCUGGAGAAGGAGACAAUGGGGAAAAGCCUCACAAAAAUGAGUUUAUGGCUGGAGAAGUUGUAUGUGGCUUCUUGUCCAGUACAGUAGUAUCCAAGCUGCAAGGAGUGUGGUGGGGCUGAAAAGAGCAUCACACAGAAAGUCAUAACAACUGGCAUCUAGUUCUGGCCCCUCUGAUUACCAGCCAUUUGACUCCAGUCCAUCUGAAAUUCGCCAUUCUACCAAACACACUGUGCUUUUUUAGUCCUUACUCAUGCUGUUCCGGCAGGCCCAUCUUGCCCAUUUCUAUUAAAAUUCUAGUUGUCCUUCAAAGUUCAGAUAAAAUACCAUGCCCUUCAUGAAGCUACCUCAUCUCCCCAGCCAAAAGGAAGUAUUUUCUCUCUUCUGGAACUCCACAUAGUUCACAUUCCAUUACAGCCCUUCUCAUACUCCACUUUGCAUGAUCCUGUUCACCCCAACUCCACUCCAAACAGGAUUGUUGGGUCCUUUUUAAAUUUUAUAAAAGGUCCUGGCCAUCUUAAUGAACUCAUCCUCAGAAGAUUCUAUCAUGUUGCUUGGUUUAAAAUAAUGACUCAAUAAAAGUAUGCUGCUAUGGAUGACGACAACGAUGACGAUGACAAUGACAGCAAACAUUGGAGAAAGAGCACUGAUGACCUUUCUCUCCAUGAUUUUGCCUUAACCAAUACCUUUUAUAUCUCCCCAUCUCCUCCAAGGAAAAAGAGUUAUCAAUCCGCUUGGUCAGAGCCCAGGGAGUUCAGUGGUCCAUAUUUUAUGAAGGGCAGCGUGCCCUAAAGUGUCAGCAUCCAGGAUGAAGCUCCCUUCCUUCCAUCUGGCCCCUGAGUAGUCCUCUUCUAUUCAUGUGUCUGCAUGGAGCCCCCAGUUGGGGUCCAGUCACCCCUCUCUCUCCCUCCACACCGUGUCUGAGCAUGCAGGUUCUCAAUCCAGAUUUGGGGCUGAAAGUGGGAAGCAAGGUAGGCCUAAACUAUUUUCCAGCUCACCUUUUACCAGUGAGCCCACGAUGGAGGUUAUUGGGUAUAACUCAGACACUAAUGUAGUAGUACUGUGGCUUACAGUUUGCUAUUGUUCCUUGAGCAUAUUGUUUCUUUGGGAGCCCUCAGGAGUUGGGAAGAUUGCCAGGGCCAGAUUUAGGCUUCCCUGGGUCUCUGACAUAAAACCACAAUAAAAGCGACAAAAUCCAUGCCAAACAUGUAAAAAUGAUGUGAAGAAAAGUUGACGUCAAUAUGGAGAAGAGGUCUUCCUUUAAUAUUAAUUUCCUGUUACGGUGAAUAAUACAAUGGUUUGGCUCCAAAGUAAAAAGAAAAAAAAAUGAGCAAGGGCAAAAAAGAGAGGGACAGCAAUGAAUAAAUAUGAAAGACCAUCAACUUACCUUGUUCAUCGGUGGGUUGUAAGGAGACGUUCUGGCUCUCAGGCGUCUCUUCCAAGGAAGAGCGUAGAUAAUCCUUCUUUCACAAUGAACACCUUGUCAGAGCUCCAGUGCUGAUCUGGAGGCUGCUUGCAGAGGGGCAAAUGGGCAGGACCAUUCUCUUCCUCAUCCUGCACACAGGUCAACUAUAAAAAGCUCAGAAGCUCAGCCACCCUUACAGAUUUGGCAGCAUAAACCCAAUCCUAUGAACACACCAGAAUGUUUCUUUCUACUUAAAAAAUAAAGUGUUUAAGAAGAAAAAAAGGAGGGAAACAGUUCCAUUAUCCAAAUUUUUUAAAUAGCAUUAUUAAGGGCCACUAGUAAGAAAGUGGAAGUAUCUUCAAGAAUAAUAAAAAUCUCCUUCAUGGGGGCUGGCCCCGUGGC